UAGUCAACGACUCCAAAAACUCGAUGCCUCUCAUUUUACAAGUGAAAUAUUUCGUUGUAACCCAGUUGUUACCCAGUAGCCCCAUACAUGGCUAUGGAACGAGCGAUGAGGGAAUAGAACUGCUGUUGGGAUAGUGUGAAACAUUGCGGAAGUCCUUUUUUUAUGGGGAACAACGCGCGCACUUCCUGUACAGUUGGUUUUUAGGACUACUAAAAACAAAACAUCGCUGUUGGCUACUGAGGUGUGUUUGCCAUUUAACACAGAUUGGUUACAUUGUAUCGCUUGAAGGGUGGUUUUAAGGACACGCUCUGUUUUAAACUGGAAACUUUUCACCGGAAAGAAGAAGAAGUGAAAGUUUGUAGCUUUGAGGGGUUUUGCUGAGCUGGUUCGAGUUAACAUGCACAUGGUGUGUGGGAUGUCGCUGUACCGUCAUUAGAACGACUACAAAGAGAAAAGGGGAAUUCGUCACAGUAGUGCAUUAUCGCCAAACUAAAACACGCCACACACACUCUACUGAGGACUUCGGGAUGGAACGACUUCGCAAACUUAGUUUAUCUUUGGCUUUGAUCCUGCCUUGUUUACAAUGGACAACUUGUUUCAAUCUGGAUAUUGACAAGCCCUAUGUUUUCUCUGGACCUGAAGGAAGUUAUUUUGGAUUUUCAGUGGAUUUCUUCCAGCCAGAUGCCAAGCAGUCAAACAUUCUUAUAGGAGCUCCCAAAGCCAACACCUCCUCACCUUCCACCGUGGUGGAGCGAGGGGCUGUCUAUACCUGCCCCUGGCAGAAGAGUAGUGACUGUACCCAAGUACAGUUUGACAAUACUGAUGAUCGUAAGAAUAACGAGGGGCUCCAGAUGGAGUUUAAGUCCAACCAGUGGUUUGGAGCCACGGUGCGGUCACAUGGUGAACACAUCCUGGCCUGUGCUCCUCUCUACCAGUGGAGCACGUACAGCGUGUCAGAGAGAGAGCCCGUUGGAACAUGUUUCCUGAAGAAAGGAACAGAAGUUGUUGAAUAUUCUCCUUGCCGAUCUAAAGCCAACUCUCCAGAGGGACAAGGCUUCUGUCAGGCUGGAUUCAGUAUUGACUUUGUCAAGAAUAACAGGGUGGUUGUUGGAGGCCCUGGUAGUUUCUACUGGCAAGGUCAGCUGAUAAGUGACGACAUCUCUGAGAUCAUCACCAGGUUCAAUAGACAAUACUACACUCCUUACAGUAACCAGCUGACCACUAAGUCUGCCAGCGCUCAGUACGAUGACAGUUAUUUAGGUUAUUCUGUGACUGUCGGUGACUUCAAUGCUGACGGAGAAGAUGAUUACAUUACCGGAGUACCCAGGGGAGACAAAGCUCUGGGCUAUGUGAACAUCUUCAAUGGGAGGAAUAUGCAGUCUGUCCUGAACUUCACAGGAACACAGAUGGCUGCCUACUUUGGCCAUUCUGUGGCAGCGACCGACAUCAAUAACGAUGGGCUGGUGGAUCUGUUUGUGGGGGCCCCUCUGUUCAUGGACCGUGGUAGUGAUGGGAAGCUGAGGGAGGUGGGCCAGGUGUCUGUGUUCCUGGGGAAGGGAGGCUUCUCCUUCCACACACCCAUCACACUGAGUGGGACAGAGAUCUACUCACGCUUCGGCAGUUCUAUCGCCACACUGGGGGACCUGGAUAUGGACGGCUUCAACGACAUUGCCAUAGCUGCACCCUACGGCGGGCCGAAGCACCGGGGCCUAGUGUACAUCCACAAUGGGUGGGCUGCAGGGCCUGACCCAGUGCCUUCUCAGGUCCUAGAGGGGAGGUGGGCCUCCUCUUACAUGCCCCCCAGCUUUGGAUACUCCCUGCACGGAGCCACCGAUAUUGAUCAGAAUGGAUACCCAGACUUAAUAGUAGGUGUAUUUGGUGCAGACAAAGCCGUUCUAUACAGGGCCCGGCCCGUCAUCAGCGUUAACGCCACCCUGGACAUUAGCCCUCAGAUCCUCAACCCAGAGGAAAGGAGCUGCAAGCUGCCUGACAGUGACACCAAAGUAUCCUGUUUCAAAGUGAAGUACUGUCUUAAGGCGAAUGGAAGAGGUGCACCAGCCUCACUGAAGUUCCAGGUUUACCUUGUCCUGGACAGACUCAAACACAAGGGGGCGACAAAGAGAGUUCUGUUCCUCCACAGCAAAACGUCCCAGUACACGAAAAACAUGACGGUCAGCAACGGCCAAGGACCAGCCUGCGAGGAGCAAGAAGCCUUCCUCAUAGAUGACUCUGAGUUCCGGGACAAGAUCACUCCCAUCUCUGUGUUCAUGGAGUUCAGUCUGGACUACCAGCAGGCUGCAGAUAAGACCGGUCUACUGCCUAUCCUGGAGCAGACUACGCCCACCAACAUCUCCAAACAAGCCCAUGUCCUACUGGACUGUGGAGAUGACAACAUCUGCAAGCCAGACCUCAAGCUGUCUGUAGUGAGUGACCAGAAGGAGAUCUACAUAGGAGAUGACAACCCCUUGACCCUGGAGGUGACAGCGGAGAACCGAGGAGAGGGGGCGUACGAGGCAGAGCUACAUGUCUUCCUUCCUCCCCAGGCCGACUUCACCGGGGUCGUACGCAACAGUGAGACUCUGUCUAGAUUAUCCUGUGCCUACAAGACAGAGAACCAGACCAGGGUGGUGGUGUGUGACCUGGGGAACCCUAUGAAAGGAGGAAUUAAGGUGCUGGCCGGACUCCGCUUCAGUGUUCAUCAGCUCUCAGAGCAGGACACGUUUGUCAAGUUUGACCUGCAGAUACAGAGUUCCAACCAGUUCAACAGCACCAGCAGUCUGGUCUCCAGCAUCACACAGCUGGCUGUUCUGGCCAAUGUGGAUAUCAGAGGGGUGGCGGUUCCUGACCAGGUCUUCCUGCCCAUCGCUAACUGGAAGCCCAAAGAGAACCCUGUCAUAGGAGACGACAUCGGUCCACAAAUACUGCACAUCUAUGAGUUGCGUAACAGAGGUCCCAGUACCUUCAGCAAGGCCAUGCUGGACAUCGAGUGGCCCUACAGGUUCAACAACGGCUCUCUGCUCUACAUCACUAAACUAGAGGUGGACGGAGGCAUGAACUGCAGUACAGACAUGGAGAUCAACCCACUCAAUGUCUCAAAUCCUCUGUCAGGAGAGACAAAUGGUUCAGCUUCCACCAGUGGAGACAACACAGAGGGCAGGAACAGAAACCAUGUUCACCGCAGAGAGCUGGCGAGGAAAGAGAUGGAGGGAGACCUGGAAACUCUGGACUGUUCGAAGGCCCAGUGCCUGAAGAUCCGGUGUCAGGUGGGCCGUCUGGAGAGAGGUCAGAGUACAACCUUGUACAUCUACUCCAGACUGGGAGUGGCCACCUUCCUCAAGACUGAGAGCCAGAACCGAUCGUUCACCGUGAGAUCCUCCGCUUCCUUCAGCGUCAUAGAGAUGCCUUAUAACAAGAACCUGGUGUCUGAGCUGCCCUCCAACGCUAUUACGGUCAGUAUGUCAGUGAUCUGGGUGAAAUCUGAUCCUGAACCUGUCCCUGGGUGGGUGGUGGCCCUGGCUGUGCUGGCUGGACUGCUGCUGCUGGCUCUGCUGAUCUUCAUCAUGUAUAAGCUGGGUUUCUUCAAGCGUGUACGCCCCCCUCAGGAGGACAACACGGAGAAGGAACAGCUGGCACCGCAGGAGAAUGGUGACAGGAACAAUGAAGCCUGAGACCUCCAGCAACCCCCUAGAGGUCUCCAGACUUCAAUGCAACACCAGGACCAUCAUCUACACAGUAUCUCACGAGUAGAACAUUUUGCAAAUCACAACAACAAAAAAAGAGUCCCAUCUAGCCAGCAGAUAUUUAGGAGACCUCAUGCGCUGUCCUAACCAGUUAACAGUUACCAGUUGGUGUCUUGAUAAUAGAAAAAGGCAGCUUAGUCUGUGGUUCCUGCACCAUAGACAGAUUCCUGCACCAUAGACAGAUUCCUGCACCAUAGACAGGCUUCUGCACCAUAGACAGGUUUCUGCACCAUAGACAGGUUUCUGCACCAUAGACAGGUUUCUGCACCAUAGACAGAUUCCUGCACCAUAGACAGAUUCCUGCACCAUAGACAGGCUUCUGCACCAUAGACAGGUUUCUGCACCAUAGACAGGUUUCUGCACCAUAGACAGGUUUCUGCACCAUAGACAGAUUCCUGCACCAUAGACAGGUUUCUGCACCAUAGACAGAUUCCUGCACCAUAGACAGAUUCCUGCACCAUAGACAGGCUUCUGCACCAUAGACAGGUUUCUGCACCAUAGACAGGUUUCUGCACCAUAGACAGAUUCCUGCACCAUAGACAGAUUCCUGCACCAUAGACAGGCUUCUGCACCAUAGACAGGUUUCUGCACCAUAGACAGGUUUCUGCACCAUAGACAGGUUCCUGCACCAUAGACAGGUUUCUGCACCAUAGACAGGUUUCUGCACCAUAGACAGGUUUCUGCACCAUAGACAGGUUUCUGCACCAUAGACAGGUUUCUGCACCAUAGACAGGUUCCUGCACCAUAGGCAGGUUUCUGCACCAUAGACAGGUUUCUGCACCAUAGACAGGUUUCUGCACCAUAGACAGGUUUCUGCACCAUAGACAGGUUUCUGCACCAUAGACAGGUUCCUGCACCAUAGGCAGGUUUCUGCACCAUAGACAGGUUCCUGCACCAUAGACAGGUUUCUGCACCAUAGACAGGUUUCUGCACCAUAGACAGGUUUCUGCACCAUAGACAGGUUUCUGCACCAUAGACAGGUUUCUGCACCAUAGACAGGUUUCUGCACCAUAGACAGAUUCCUGCACCAUAGACAGGAUCCUGCACCAUAGACAGUCAAUUACUUUUGAGUUGAAAGAAUGUUUAGCUAUUUCUUUGAUCAACCCAUAAAUAAUCUAGACUUACAUCUGUCGCUGUUGACAACGAUUUCACAAGAGGCCUAAUUCACAUGAUAUGACUAAAUACCUAUAGCCACUAGUGCAGGGCAGUCCAACCCUCUUCCUGGAGAUCUACUGUCCUGUAAGUUCAGUCCAACCCUCUUCCUGGAGAUCUACCGUCCUGUAGGUUAUCAGUCCAACCCUCUUCCUGGAGAUCUACUGUCCUGUAGGUUAUCAGUCCAACCCUCUUCCUGGAGAUCUACUGUCCUGUAGGUUAUCAGUCCAACCCUCUUCCUGGAGAUCUACUGUCAUGUUACAGUCCAACCCUCUUCCUGGAGAUCUACCGUCCUGUAGGUUAUCAGUCCAACCCUCUUCCUGGAGAUCUACUGUCCUGUAGGUUAUCAGUCCAACCCUCUUCCUGGAGAUCUCCUGUCCUGUAGGUUUUCAGUCCAACCCUCUUCCUGGAGAUCUACUGUCCUGUAGGUUUUCAGUCCAACCCUCUUCCUGGAGAUCUACUGUCCUGUAGGUUAUCAGUCCAACCCUCUUCCUGGAGAUCUACUGUCCUGUAGGUUAUCAGUCCAACCCUCUUCCUGGAGAUCUACUGUCCUGUAGGUUAUCAGUCCAACCCUCUUCCUGGAGAUCUACUGUCCUGUAGGUUAUCAGUCCAACCCUCUUCCUGGAGAUCUACUGUCCUGUAGGUUAUCAGUCCAACCCUCUUCCUGGAGAUCUACCGUCCUGUAGGUUAUCAGUCCAACCCUCUUCCUGGAGAUCUGUAGGUUUUGGGGGUUGGGCAGCCCUGCACUAGGCUAAUAAAUAAUCACAUUUUUCCUUUGAAUAUUUCAUUAACCUACAUCAUGUUAUUUCAAGUUCAUCCCUUUGGAGCGUCAUGUCACGUUGUAAAAAAAAAAAAAAGAUGGCGCUGACAGCUUCUCUGUGUGCUGAUUAAUGAUAGACCUUUCAAACGUUUUAGGAAACGUUAUCGGCAAGGGACUUGAUGCUGUUUAGAAUUGUUGAGAGUGGCCAGUGUGUUGAUAGUAACAUAUUUAUUUUAACAACCAUCAUACUGUAUGAUUGCAAUAUGCACACAUGCAUCUCAUUAUCCAAAAUAUCUGAAUUUGUAAUAAAAAAAAACAUUUAAAAAAAGGGGAUUUGUUUGCCAACAUAUUAGGCAAGUCAAGUGAUUGUCAGUCGAAAAUGAUAAACGUUUUACCCUUUACCCUUCACAGCGGCCGAUGCCUCGUCGCGAUUGUUUAAUUCCCCAUCGUUUGCAACCAUGUCAAUGUCAUCGCCAUCUUUUUCCCUUGUGCGGAACCUCAAACUGUCGUGAUUACCAGCUGAGAUAAACUUUAUGAGUUGAUUUUUUGGCUAGAUCAGUGUCUUUAACAUCCUAAAACCUACUCUGAGCUGUGAGUUUUUGUUCUUUAAACCAGGUUCUAAUACGAUUCCUAUGACCUUUUCUGAGAUGGUUUGUGGAUAUAGGGCCUUGGUCCUGUAUGUUUUCACAAAGCAUCUCAGAAUAAGUGCGGGGAUUGUAGGAUCAGCCGUACCAGUACUCCUCCUGGACACCUGGCUGUUUAUAGUUGCAUCUGGACGACACUUACUGUACGAUAUGGACGAGAGGAGUG